CUUGCAUAUAGGAGCUGAGGGAGGUUCAAUUUCAAGCUCGGAGGGAAUGCUAACAGGAUAGACAAGGCUGAGCGAUUGCAAGCGACGUUCUCUGUUUGCUUUUGAGGCGUUCGCAAGACGAGGGAUUUUCAUUGGAGGGGGGGUUGUUGCUUGGGCCCAACAUGCCUCGCAAAGUGAGCGUUGCAGCAACUCAGUUUGCGUGUACCAGUGAUGAAGCUACUAACGUCCAGAAUGCUGAAAGGAUGAUUCGCGAAGCAGCCAAGAAAGGGGCACAAAUCAUCCUGAUCCAGGAGCUCUUUGAGAACCUUUACUUCUGUCAGCAUCAGAAGGAGGCUCUCUUCUCAUAUGCGAAGCCGAGGGAGGGGCAUCCGCUCCUUGCAAGGUUUGCGGCGCUCGCAAAAGAGCUGGCGGUGGUGUUGCCUGUGAGUUUCUUUGAGAGAGCGAACAACGCCCACUUCAAUUCAGUGGUGGUCAUUGACGCGGAUGGCACAGAACUUGGCCUCUAUAGAAAGACGCACAUACCCGAUGGCACAGGUUAUCAAGAAAAGUUCUACUUUAACCCUGGGGAUACAGGCUUCAAGGUCUUCAAGACAAAAUACGCUGACAUAGGAGUUGCGAUUUGCUGGGAUCAAUGGUUUCCUGAAGCGGCGCGGUCGAUGGCACUAAUGGGGGCGGAAAUUUUAUUUUAUCCGACGGCCAUCGGGACCGAGCCCCAGGACGCGACGAUCGACUCGCGGCACCACUGGCGGCGCGUUAUGCAGGGGCACGCGGGCGCAAACCUGGUACCCGUGGUCGCGUCAAACCGGAUAGGGAAGGAGGUGUUCAAGGACCCCGACAGCGAGAUCACCUUCUACGGCACGUCGUUUAUCGCAGGCCCAACUGGCGAGGUUGUUGUAGACGCUAACGACAAGGACGAAGCCGUCAUUGUUGCAUCCUUUGACCUGGACCAGAUUCGGGGGCAGCGCGCUGGCUGGGGUGUGUUCCGGGAUCGACGGCCAGAGAUGUACAAGCCGCUUCUUACUCUGGACGGGAGAAUCUGAUGUUGGCGGCUCUAUGUUCUGUUGUAAACGGCAUGAUGAAGAGCAUUCAUGGUGCACAAUUCGAGGUUCUCGUUGCCUUG